AUGUAUCAAGAUGGACCAAACGAAAGGGACGGAACACGCAUUUCGGAAAAGGACCGCGUCUUAGCAUGGACGAAAGAUGUGGCAGACAGCAUAGCUGACGAAGCUCCAAGAUCGACAGUCCAAGCACCACACUCCAAAGCUCGGCAUGCAGAACGAGAGCCUCCUAAGGUGGUCGUCAAUCAAAUUAUGACGUCACCAGCCGCGGUCGUCACUCGCGUCAGGCCAGAAUCAACCCCGAAAGAUGACGAUAUCAAAACCAAGGCAAUCAUUGGAACCGUCCUAGGAGCUACAGCAGGGGCUGUUGUAGCCUAUGCCAUGACCGAAAGCCAAAUUGAAACCCCUCGCGUUGAGCAGCAAAAGAGAGUCACCACCAGAACCAUCGAAGCACCAGUCACCUACGACCCAAUUCAAGCAGACAAGGACAGUCACGUACGCGAAUUCUCUCGGGCUAGCAGCAAAUCCUUUCAUCAUGCAAUUGCUGCUUCGCCACUGCCGCGCUCAUAUAUUGACGAUCUGCUUUCGCAGUCAGAGCGUUCGCAUCACUUCUCCCGCUCAGCUACCCGGAGCCAUGUCGAGGGUGUGACCAGCCCUCCAAGCGUCACUAAGAUUUCGGUGGCUGACUCCGGGAAGUCGAAAGCUUCGCAUGCAUCUUCCCACGGAAAGACGGCUCGGUGGUCAAAUUUGAUACCAAUCACUGAAGUGAGAUCCGCCAAAGACGUGCCGUUGCCUUACAGUCGUGUGACUAGCUUGGCAUCCGAGGAGAGAGAAGAAAGCAAGGCGGGAAACUGCUUAAAAUCUCCGAAGGAAAGUGUGAGCCAAGUGACCACGAGAAGGUUGGGAGAAAGUGGGAGGUCAAAACAUUGUGGCGGUCGUGAUCUAGGAAGUGGGAAUGACCAUGAACAUGGGUUUCAUAGACCGAGAACAUUGAAAAGGUCAAGAGAACAAAGAUAG